UAUGAUUUUUUUUUGUGUUGUCAUUUGAAAAAUUCUGCUAUCUCGGAAAUAUUUUCACGUUUAAAGGAAAAAAUAACGAAUUAAUUAAUUAAUAAAACGUCGUAUUACAGUAUAAGAGUGUUUAGUCGAACAUUAACACCGUUUCGAAGCGUUAUGUGACCGGAAAUUCCAACACCUUGAGUCAUCGUAACCACCGAAACACUCACACAUUACCCGCAGCUGUUGUGUUUUUUCGACGAAGAAGAGUAAUUUAUGGUGAUAUAAAAAUACCCGGACAAAAUGCCAGCGAUCGGACCAGUCUAUCAACCGACCACGUACAACGUAGGUUACGAGCCCCAAUCCGAAUGGCCUCAGCAAACUCGUCGAAGUCGUGUAUCGAAAUUCCUCGACUGGGUUCAAUCGGACGAAUGCUGUGGCAAGAUUUUCCUCGGCUCUGUGGCCGUCGUAGCCUUCGUCGUGACUAUCAUACUAGUAGAAAGCGUUACGAGAUUGAUAACAGGCCAUUAUAUAAUAUUCGGUAGCGAAAGCGCCGUUAUCUCGGUUCUAGUUUACUGUUUAUUCGUCACCUUCAUCUUGGCCAGUUGUAUUCUGUUAUUCAUGAUGUAUCUGCGUUUCCUGCGAAACAAACGAUUCUACUUUUGGCCAUUUAUGCGUAAAGAAGGAUUAUCUAGGCAGAUGAGUGGUCAAGGCAGAAAUGGACAGGCGAUGAUUCUGAACCCUUCGACGGAUCUACUCGUGACACCAGCUCAAUACGGUCCGGUUACCGAAGCACCUCCGACGAUGCACGAAGAAGACGAGACCAAGAACUUGAUGAGUAACGAUAGUAAAGAAAUUAACGAAGAAACCGAAGAAAGACCGAACGAUCUGGAUCCCAGGAUUGUUCUACGACCACCUGGACACAGAGAUGACGCUUAAUUAUUAAUCCACGUUCGAAAUAUCUUAACGUAUUAUUCAAAGACAAGCCACAAUCUCUCGUAGUACACAUAGAAAAAGGCUACCUAUCAAAAUACCGAACACUAAUCUUCUUUUUCGUAUCACCGUAAAACUGUAUUUAUUUCAAUUCAAAGCACAAAUCGAUCAAUUACCGGACAAUUGAGAAGCAGGAUGUUUCUAUCGUAUUCCUUCGUAAGGUUUACAUCCUUCUAAGGUGUGUUCGUAAUAAGUCAAUUUUCAGUAAUGGAUUUCAUCUUAAACUUUAUCGUCUAGAACUGAUGUUUUUUUAAAUUAUAUUGGCGCUUUACUUUUUUUUUCCAAUUACUAAUUAAGUAAUUAUUUUUUUUAACGAUUAUUUUACAUGUUCCCCCACGAAGAGUCGUCCGAAAGUAUGACGUAGAUGUCUUGGCAGCUUAUUUAGGCGUCUAAAUGUAUCGAUUCGUUGAGCUUUUAUUUAUUUAUUUUUUAAUAGAUGAAUUUUAAAGGUAUUUUUUUUUAGCAACUCUGUAUAAUUUAUUCGUUUUUCGACUUCCUGAUGCGAUUUUAGUUCGAAAUAUGUAAAUUAAUCCCCCCCCCCCUCUUAAAACAUCGUUAAACUCGAAUCAGUUCGAAAAUAUCGACUCGCUUUCGAUUAAUCCAUAAUUAUUUAUUAUACGUAAUCGUAAGAUUUUUUCAAUUACGACAUUCCCAAACUGCAAUUUUCAAUCGAGCAAAAUUAACAACCUAUAAAAUCGAUAUAAAAAUUUUAUUCGUUAAGUUUCCUUCGUUUAUUUUUAGUUACUUUUCUUCUUUUUUUUGAUGUCUUAUCUUUUUUAAUUGUAUUUUUAAUUGACUGCGCAUUAUGACGCGGAUUCCUCUUUUUGUGUUACUUUUUACGUGUGUUUGUUCACUUGUCAAAAUAAUAUUAUGUUAAGGUUUCGGAGGGAAGAUUAGGUUAUUACAUUAGUAUUCACGAAGAGGAUCUAAUACCGUGUAUUUAAAUUCCUUUCGUGUAUUUUUGUGACGUGCUACCUCCAUUUUUGAAUUUUUCAAAGUACGAGAGUAUUUUUUUAAUUGCUAAAUUUAAAAAAAAAAACUAGUCCGGUCAUCGCGAAAGAUCUGCACUACCCCCCCCCCUCCCUCUCACCUUCUCCAAUAAUGUAUUUCCAAUCAAAAUUUUCAAAUUAAAGCACAUAUCUCGUGUUUACACAAUUUCUCGUGCAACUAGUCGAUUUAUUUUUGGAAUUUUUUUCAAGGUGUAAAAUUGAAAGAAAUUUUUUUUUUAUUUUCAAGACUGAGGCUGAUGGCUGAACAAGAUUCUUGUAAAUGUGUAUUUAGCGAAUUUGGAAUAUUUGUUUUAUUCGCAAUCAGGGUAAUAUUAAUUUAACGAAGAAUACCAUUCGAGGUUUCCUACUAAAAAGUAGCUUCGAAUAUUUUUUUCUACUUUAUGUUCUAUCCUCGCUGAUUAAAAAGUUCCAAUAUCAAUUUACACGUUUUUAUUUUUACGUAGUAAUUUGCGAAUAGAUUUUCGUAAUGAAAAAAAAAUAGUAGACAAAGAGAACUGAUAGAAAAUUCGGUUUGAAAAAUAUCGUGCAAUUUUGAUCAUGUUUACCAGUAUUUUAAAUACUAAUAUUGUACUUUUAAAGUAUGUCUUAUUUUAUGUCCUUAUGGUUUAAAUGUUCUGCUUAUUCGAGUAAGAAAUUUAAAAAAAAAAAAUUAAUUCGAGUGAAAUAAAAAUUUUACUCGUUUAAUUUCAAAAAAAUACACAAAAACUACAGUGUGUCCCUUAAAUCAGCUACUACAGGGUGGUUCAUAACUCACUAUGUGAUUCAUUACAAAAAAUUCAAACUGUAAAUUGUGAAAUGAUAAUUUUUAUAUUUUUUUUUCUCAUUAAAAAUGGGAAAAUAUCUCAUUUUGAAACUCUUCAACCCUUCGAUAUAAUUUCCUGCCUAUUUUUCAUGCUUUCUCUUACUCGAAUGCAGCAUCAUUUGACCAUUUUCUUAAUUCAUAAUCACGUAAUUAAAAAAUAAGUACCUAUAUAUUUUGUAUAUACGAAGUAAGCACUUUAAACUACUGAAAGAUGAAAAAAAAAUGUAUAAAACGAAACAUUCCAUGUGAUGAUACACUUAUUCUUUUCCCUUCUGUUUUUUUUUGUUUUGUGUGUGUUUUUUUUACUUGUAUAACUUUACUUAUUAAUUUUACGAGUACUUGUAAUUUUUAAUUUGUCGUUUUAUUUUUAAUUUUACGCACUAAAAUUUUUAAUUACAUUUUAUACGUACGUAAUUUGCCGAGCAAAUAAGUAGAUACUUAAGGAUAAUUUCCAAGUCGAUACGACUCCAAAAAAAUAUGAUUUUUGACCUCGUUUUUUUCUAUUUUAAGAUAGCGAUUUUUUUUUAAAUUAAUUAACUUUGAUUUUUUGAAUUUGUAUUCGGGUAUCUGAAUUUUGAGUUCAGUUUUUGAAUUUUGGAAAAUCGUUCGAUUCGACUGAGGUGGUCAAAGAUCAGCCAAUGAGGGGAAAAUGUGCACUAAAUGGAAAAAUAUAAAGGUCAAAAUCGCGACUGAAUUUAUCUGCAUAAUCCUUAAUAUUUAUAUUGAACUAGUCUAAUUUUUCAGCUUAUAAUUUUUUUUUUUUUUGAAAAAAAUAUUCAACAUUUUAAAAAAUUUAAAAUAUUUUGAAACCUCAAAAAAAUUGAUAAAAUAAGCUGAAAAACUAGACUCAAAAUUCAACGAGGUACAUCAAGUACACGAAAAUGUAUCGUUAUCUGCAUUUGUUAGUAUGUACUUGAGUUGACCUAAGUUUAAUUUUUAUUAAGAAAAUUAUCGCUUACGGUUAAUUUACCUACUUCAACAACACGAGUAUGUUCAAUAAUAUGUAAGCUGAUCGCACAAACUAAAAAACAUCUAAGCCAUUCUUUUUAUCUUCGCAUUUGUAUUUUUUUAACGCGAUAAAAUUUUAUUAACUAGUCAAAAAAAAUGUAUACUUAUUGGAUUUUUGAUACAGAAUGUUGAAAAUUUAUCAUCAUAUCGAGGAGGGUGCAGUUUGCGAUUUUAGUGACGAAAUCAAAAAAUUUGAAAUUAUUCCAGUCAUUGCGUGGAAGAAUAUUGUACGAGUAAGCGUAUUAAAAAAAUUACGAAACACCCUGUAUAUGUAAUUCCAUCAUGUACUGUGUAUUUUUUCAAAUGUAUCGCAAUUGUAAGCUUUUAUUAAUAACAAAACGACAACAUUGAAA